GAACCAACACAGCAUGGUGUAUCGUGAGGAGCGUGGGACUUGUAACUGCAAGGACGAUAUUGAAGGUGCUGUUGUUUGUAAAUCAGCAUGGCGGUCGUCAUCCGUUUACAGGGACUAAGGGUCACGGCAGGUUCUGAGGAUAUUCGCAAGUUCUUCACUGGCCUCAAAAUUCCAAAUGGAGGGGUGCAUGUUAUUGGUGGAGAGCGAGGAGAAGCUUUCAUUAUCUUUGCUUCGGAUGAAGAUGCAAGAAGAGCCAUGACGCGGUCAGGAGGUUGCAUCAAGGGGGCAACUGUUACAUUGCUACUAAGUAGUAAAGCAGAGAUGCAGAACAUGCUGGAGAAAAGUACGACUAAUGAGGGCCUGGAUCAAGAGAUGCGACUUGAGGAAAAUGCAAGACAUGCUAGAAGAUCUGCCGACCCAGAGUUGGGCAGGAGAUCAGUGAGCAGAUCAGAAUAUUCUCCCCUCCACCCGAAGAGGGUGUUUCUGAAAGGAAUGCCUUUCACUGUGACCGAGGAGGAAGUGCAUGACUUUUUCUCUGGUUUACUUAUUCGUGAAAUUGUCUUAUUGAAAAAUGCAAAUGGAUCAAAUAAUGGGAAAGGUCUGGUCCUAUUUGCUACCCCAGAGGAUGCAAAUGGAGCCCUGCAGAGGGAUAGGGGAUACAUUGGCUCGAGGUACGUCGAGAUAUCGCCAACCACAGAAGCCGAUUGGUGUCGGGUUACAGGUAAAGUGUCAAUGGCCAUCAACUUGCACGAUAACUUUGAAAGGGAACGAUCACCUGUUCGCCAGCAGAGGAAUCCACUUCCUGUGAGGUCACAAUCAGCUGUUGCUCGAAGUCCCGUUGCGCCGGCUACUGAUGAUGAAUACUGCGUUUUGGUAGAAAACCUGUCAUAUACAGCUAAAAAAGAAGAAAUAAAAAGGCUUUUUCGAAAUGCAAAGCUUGAGGAAGACCAGAUCCUGUACCUAAUGGAUGGUGAUGGGAGAAAAACUAGAUCCUCAUUUGUGCUGUUCAAGAAUCUGCGAGACUAUUGUGAUGCCUUAUCGCCAGAAAAACGGCUGUUUUUGAACCGAUGGAUUUAUACGCGGCCAAUCUCAAGGGAGAAAAUGAUCGCCCUUUUGGAAUCUCAGAGCACGGAUCCCGGACCUCCUGGAACCUCGGAAAUGUUUCAUGAUCAACCCCCGUCUUAUGACUUGGAUAAAAUGUGUCUGUUUGUGUGGAACCUGCCAUUUGAUGUGCGGAAAGUAGAGAUCAUGGACUUCUUCCUUGGGUUCAAUAUCACGGAGGACAAGGUGUUUGUGCUGCGUGACCAUGAAGGGGCUGGAGUUGGAAAGGCUUUGGUUCUCUUUGGGUCUGAGGCUCAGGCUAUGAGCGCACUCUCUCUCAAUGGACAAAGGUUUCUUGGGUCAGAGGUGAUCCUGAAGUGCAUCUCGCGUUCUGAGAUGCGGCAGCUGGGUGUUGAGCCGCCACUGGUGCAAGAGCCAAUUGUACAGGAGCCGAUGCCGAGACAAGAGCCGUUCUCCGGCAGGAGAAGUGAGGCUCCCCACCACCCCGUCGACGCAGAUUACCCUGACUUCAUGAUUUCUCAAGAUAGUAAUAUACAGAUGGCUAACCCACAGGCUCCCAUCCAUGGCGGUUCUCAUUACAAGCCCCGUGGAGGAGGUCCAUACACCCCACAAGACCGAGGUAAUGGUGUGCCUGGUGGCUUUGGGCCUUCAAUGCAGCGGUUUGACGGUCCUACCUGCGUUAAGCUACUUAAUUUACCGUUUCAAAUUCGAAGUGAGGAAAUCUAUGACUUUUGCUAUGGGUUUCGUGUUAUCCCUGAAUCGGUCUCACUCCAGUAUGACCAGAGGGGAAAAUCUAAAGGCACUGCAACUGCAGUAUUCGAGUCCCGUCAGGAGGCUUUGACAGCGGUUGAUGAACUGAGUGGAAGACCCAUAGGUCCAAGGAAGAUACAUCUUGUACUUGUGUAAUAGAAAAACCUCUUUCAUGGUACUGUAUGUGCUAUAGCAGUGUACUGUGGACGUUUACACAAGGAUGAUGAAACAAGUUUAUUUAAGGGUACUAAUGGUCAUCUUUCUAUAUGAUUGUUAUUUUGCUCUUUGUGUGAAAUUGCAGUAUUUGAAUGCAACUACAGCAAAUAUUGCUCUGUAUAUAUAAUUUUGUCUUGCUGCUUUUUAAAUUUUGAUUAGGCAAUCUAGACUGAUCAUGUGUUUAGCAUUCUAUGCUAAUCCUAAAGUGAAAGCACGACAAGUAUGGAUUUUUUCUGUUUGACAAUAAUGUUUUUUGUUUGAUUCAACUACCAAGAUAUUGCAAAGUGUAUUUCAAUUGCAUAUUCAUAAAUGGAAUUGUGUAAAAUGUGUUAAUUUUAUAAAAUACAUACCAUUUUGAA